AUGGGAAAGCAUGCACAAUUGGUUAUGGGUCCAGCAGGAAGUGGAAAGUCUACUUAUUGCGAUGCCAUCAGGAAACAUUGUGAAGAGAUAAAGAGAAGUGUACAUGUAGCCAAUCUAGAUCCGGCAGCAGAGGUGUUUGAAUACCCUGUAUCAAUAGAUAUCAAGAAUCUGAUCACUGUCGAUGAAGUUAUGGAGGAGCUACAAUAUGGUCCCAACGGAGGGCUGGUCUACGCCAUGGAGUACUUGAUCGAGAACAUCGAUUGGUUCAUUGACGAGAUUGGCGACUUUGAGGACGACUACCUAAUCAUUGAUUGUCCCGGUCAGAUAGAGUUAUACAGUCAUAUCCCUGUGAUGCGUACACUCGUAGACUCAUUGCAACAGAAUGGAUAUCGUGUUUGUGCCGUCUUCUUGGUGGACUCUCAGUUCAUCCUAGACAGCUGUAAAUUCAUCAGUGGUUCAUUGGUCUGUCUUUCCGCCAUGAUACGUCUGGAGGUGCCUCACAUCAAUGUACUCACCAAGUUAGAUGUCAUCAAGAAGACUCAUAGACUAAAGGAUAUUGAAGGCUUCUUGGAGCUAGAGGUGAACGAGCUGGUUGAGAAGCUAGACACAGAGACAAGCAACAGAUAUCACAAGUUAAAUAGAGCGAUUGGACAAUUGUUGGAGGAUUAUAGUUUAGUUGGUUAUAUACCUUUGGACAUUACAGAUCAAGACAGUAUCAGUUUCUUGUUGGCUCAGAUUGAUAACUCGAUCCAGUAUGGAGAGGAUGUUGAACCAAUCGAUCCAAAGGAUGGACUUUUUGACGAAGAGGACGACGAUGAAGAUGGCAAUGGUGGUGGUGGACAUGGAGAUCAUGAUGGUCACGAUCAUUAA